AUGACAACGGCAUCCGAGCUCUUCUCUGAAGAUGCUCGUGCCCGAUUCUCUCAUACAAAAGCUCUCUUUGAGCAACUGGAGCGGCAACAUGAGGUUCCGUCAUUUUAUUCACCUCGACCGUCUCGACAGCAACAUCAAGCACAACCACAACCACCACCACCACCACUCCCACCAAAACCAAUUGCAACAUGUCCUGGAAGUCCAAUAUCUCAGGCAAGAUCCAGGAUUUAUUUUCAAAUAUUCUUUACUUUUUCUUCCCAUUGCCGAUCUCUGGUAAUCAUGCAUGAUAUUGUUCAUAUCAAUAUGCUUAAAUUUUUCCCCGGUACUAAUCUUUAG